AUGAUGAACGAUAAUAGUCUGAAUCUACAAUCAACUUAUUCAAAUACCCUACAUCCCAUUCAUACAAAAGAAAAAAUUAAUAAUAGUAAUUCUCAUAGUAACGGAAAUACUAACAAUAAUAAUAACAAUAAUAAUAGUAAUAUUAAAAAUUCUCCAUUACCAUCAAAUUCGAUAUAUAACGGACAAUUUUUGUAUUCAUCAUAUCCAAACUCAAGUCCCUUAAUACAUACAUUCAAUUCUGAGUGGGUCGAUACCCCAGAUAACUCACCAUCUCGUACCAAACCGUAUAAUCAAGAUAUGUCUACAACUAUUUUAGCAGAUACUGCAAGUGCAGCUGCACCGCAGAAUGAAGAUUCUUCGAAUAAAUCUAAAUUCGAAACACCGUCGAAACCUAAAGCAUCAAUUUCAUUCAUAACACCGGUGACAGAGUCUAAGACAUACGAUACUAUUAUUCUCAAUGAGAAGCACCUCAAGCCUUUAUCGCCCGAGCCUGUUAAACAACAUAACGUGAAGUCGAUGGACAUAUUAUGGGCAAUGUUGCACAACAUCACUGGUAAGGAUAAAAUGGCCAAAUUUGGCCAGUUUACGUUGAGGCUAUUACUCUAUCAUGCCAAACAAACACAGAAUUAUCUUAGUGACGGGUAUAUCAAUAUCAAUGUUAUAAAUUCAAGAUACAGUGACAAAGAGAAGAAGCUAAAUUUAUUAAAAAACUUCUUACGCCAUCCCCGAGACUUUAUUAAGAUAAUAGUUAUAUUGGCUUGUUCAAUAUUCAGGUCCAGGUUGAGCGGUACUGCUGGCGGUUUAUCAUUAUUCAGACAAUUUCUCAGGUUUGGCCAGUCUCCAUUCAAAAUCCGUCGUUUGAAAAAUAAAUUAGUAUCAAGAACAACAAUUGCUACGAAAUCGGGUGAUUAUAUGAUAGACGUGUCGGGCGUUGGAAAGUGUUUUACAAAAGAUGUUUUGGGUGAUAUAUUUUCGUUAUACUAUAGUGUAUUUGAUGAAGCAGGGUUAUUAUAUAAGAUGAAUUUUUUCAAAAGCAAAACCUUCCAUAAGGUUAUUUUAAGACACGAGUCUCUCGCAUGGUACUACGAAACGUUACUUGGUAUAUAUAAUGCGUAUGAUAGGUUGCAAAAGUUGAACCAACAAGAAAUGGACGUGAAAAUUCAAAUACAAGUUAAAAGUAAAGCUCGACUGUUAUCAAAACAAUUGUUAGGUGCUAGCUCGAUUGAAGGGCUUUCUCACGAGGAUGAUACAAAAGACGCUCAACAGCUAAAGGAAAUACAAUUCAAAAAAUACAACUCGUACAUUGAUAUUUACAAAUGGUUGUCCGAUUUCAUUUUUAAUACAUACACGGUGUUCAACAUGGCUUUACCAUUUGAUACUUUACAAUUAUGGAUGGGUAUAAGUGCAUCUUCUUUGAGUAUACUCAAAUUAUAUCGAGAAACAAGAAAACGGUUGAUAGCUGAAUCUUUGCAGAAAUAG